AUGGAGAGAUGCGUUGGCAAAAAUGAGGACAACAUUCGAAGUUGUGAAAAUUUUGGCAACGGAUUUGUUGCCAUUGGCCAAGACAAAAAAUCUUUCAACAAUUACCAAUGUUGGGAGGUUAUGAAAAAUUGUCCGAGAUUCAAAAUUAUUGUCACGGGCCCGACCAUUGUGUUGAAUGUGACGCCGCUCCACGAUUCGUCGGCAUUGAAUUCGCCAUUGGAGUCCCCGAUGAAUGAAGACUCACCAAUCCAAAGGAAGCUGAUGCCUAUUGGAAGAAAGGCCGCAAAGGCCAAGAUAAGGAGUAAUUCGAUCAUUGACUGUGCAAAAUUUUUGGAGAAAAUUGCUCUGAACGGCACAAUGAGAAUUAACAGAGACAUGAAAAAAGAUGAGGAUGAGAAGGUAACAUAUGAAGCAUGUGCAAGAGAAAUGGAAUAG